GUUUGUUUUGCCUAAAAAACCAUAGAAUUAAACAAUUAAAAUGACGCAAGACAUGCUUCUUGGAACCGAGGAACCGAGCAAGAGCAAGGAGACUUUCCUGGAGAAGUUCUGCGUGCUGGCCAAGAACGCCACUGGCCCCGCGCUGCUGGACGUGCUCAAGCAGGUGCUGGAGGCACCGAAUGUCUUCGUUUUCGGGGAGCUGCUCGUGGAGCCCAAUGUGGCGGAGCUUAAAGAUGGUCCCGACGCAAAAUACUACAACACUCUGAACCUGUUCGCGUAUGGCACAUACAAGGAAUAUCGCGCCAACCCCGGAGACUACAUCGAACUGAACCCAGCCAUGCAGAAGAAGCUGCAGCACCUGACCAUCGUGUCGCUGGCCAUCAAGACGAAGAGCAUUCCGUACGCCCUGCUCCAGAGCGAACUGGAAAUCGAUAAUGUGCGUCAUCUGGAGGACAUCAUCAUCGAGGCAAUUUAUGCGGACAUCAUUCAUGGAAAACUGUUCCAGAACACACGCAUUCUUGAGGUGGAGUACGCCCAGGGUCGGGACAUACCACCCGGAAACACUGGCAAGAUUGUCGAGACUCUCCAGGCCUGGGUCAACUCCUGCGACGGCGUCUCCAGCUGCAUUGAAAACCAGAUUAAGUACGCCAAUUCCGAGAAAUCCAAGCGACUGUUCAACAAGGAUCGUGUAGAGCAAGAUCUGAUUAAUUUGAAGAAAAUGCUGAAGAGUCAGGCCUCGGACAGUGAUGAGAACAUGCAGAUCGACACCCAUGGACCCAGCGGCAGCGGCGGCUUGAGUUUGGCGGACCUUCGCAAGAAGCCCUCCAAGAUGAAGGCCCAGCGAAAUGCUGUAGUUGGUCUGAAGUUCAGCAAGUGAGUGCAGGCCAGCCGAGGGGGUGUUGGUGUGGACUCGGAGCUAAGCCUUGGGGGAGUGGGCAGCACCAGCUCAAGGUCGGAUUCAACGCCGCGCAGCACUUGAGAACCGGAUACCACUCGGCAAGCAGCAGGACAAAACCAAAACCAAAACAGAACUCAUUUCGAUUCACAUAACAGUGGGCUGUCCGCAGUCUGGAAACCAUCAUUUAGCAUCAAACGUACCAAUAAAAUAUAAUAAUAACCAAACGUA